CGGAAAUAAUGUCAGCGAAGCUUUCUAUGGACAUCUAUUUUUUCUCACUACAUAGUUUUUCUCGAUGAGUGCGUCUCGCUGAGGAAGGAGAUCUUUCUAAUGCGAGCGCAGGGUUUCUGGAAUUCCUUUAUUCCAUGGCGCAAAUUGACGGGGGCCGGGUCGGUAGCCGUUGGUCAAGUUUGCUGCGGAGACAAAUUCCAUGCAUUCUUGAACGACAACAAACAAAAGGUUCAACGCUCUAAAACCUUGCAGUGUUCGUACGGCCAGUACAGCGAAUACAUAUUGCAAUCUUUGCUCCGCCUGCAGACUUUCGAAAUCCUACCGGUUGCACGAACGCUGUUGGAGUCAACCCGUGACGAGGCACACUUCAAGAGAAACAACCGCCAAAUUGUGAAGGAUACAGCCAAAGUGUAUGAUUUCGUAAUAAUCGGGCACGGGAACUGUGGAAGGAGUGCACUAGAAACGCUGCGAAGAAAAUGCCCUUCAGCUACGGUUGCCUUGGUCGAUCCACUCCGGCCUUUGGCCACGGCUGGUGCCGAUUAUUACCCUUGUCGAGUAACAGCUUUGGACCCACGGUCACAAGCAGUCCAACUCGAAACAACCGAUGAUGUUCGAUAUAGGCAUGCUGUGUUGCUAGCAACUGGGGCGCAUGGUGCUCCGAUACCGCACUAUCUGAUGGAUUCCAAGGCCACGAGUCGCGUUUUAGAAGUUCGCCCGAGCGUGUUGCCUAGCUCCGAUCAGCGGCCUAUCAUUUCUCCGGAACUUGUACGAAAGAGCGUACAGCAGACGGCUGCUAAUGGUUUACGAAUAGGAGUUUUGGGGAGUGGCUGGGAUGCGAUUGAUCUGGUGCUGGUGGCCUCCAAUCAUGGGAAAACACGGCCCACUAUUGCCUUUGGUAAUCCCGGACCAGCCUCGCACAUGCUACCUUCCUAUUUGAGUUCCGCUGUUGCCAGGCGGCUCCGAACGAAGAAGAUUGAAGUUUUGGAUCGAACCCUAGUUCGCUAUAUCUCCUGUGAAGAGGAGAAUGCCGAAUUACAAAUUUACACGGCCAAGUCGUACGACUUUUUGGAUAGCUUCCGCACUACUGUUGAUUUGGUCGUCGUCGCUCCCGAGAUCAGUGGCGCGCGGGGAAGUGCGGUUCUACCGACCAAUAACAUACCGAGUCAUUUGGAAAGUUCACGCAAAGGACGCUCGUGGUACGAAACAUGGUUCAAUCAAGCCAUGUCGUCCGUCACCGAUCGAGGCACGGUUGUUUGCUACAAGGACGAUGGCCGCGUCUCGGUGAAUACCGAACUGGUGGUAUGUAGUGGUGUCUACGCGGCGGGAUCCGUAGCCAAGUACGCGAAUGGUCUCACGGGACAUGCCGAUGUGGCGGGAGUUGGCAUCGAAGAUGCCCGCUCGGCCGGUAAGGUCGCUGCCAUGAACAUGGGACGACAGUACCGUGCUUCGUCGUUGCUGGGUAGUAUGAAAAGGGACGAAGAGCUGGCUGUGGCACACACAAAAGACCCGUUACCUGUGUGGAGAUCUGAUUUGAGAUCGUACGCCGGCAACGGGUCGGAUCGUACUUCGUGCUUAUCGGAAAUCGGCAUCAGCUGCUUGGCUGUGGGUCACUGCGAUUCAGACCGGUUUGCCACACACGCCGUGUGGUGGACGAAUCAAGCCGCCCAGCGGCGAUUGCUGCGCUCACUCAACGAAGAUCUAAACGAACAAUUGGUGCACGAGUUGAAGACGGCGGUGCUCACCAACGGUGGUUUCGGGUCGUUGGAGAAUGAAUUGGACCAAGUGCGCAUGUCCAAAUACUUGGAAUCCACGAGUCGCCGUCUGGUGGCCAUUGCGUUCGGCGGCAAUACUACGGCUGCCCCGGGCCGUCUUUUGGAGGGUGCGUUGGACGAUUUCCCGCGCCCGUUGCAUCGCUUCACCGAGGUACGUCCCCCGAGUGUCCGGAGUCACGGGCUUUUAAAGCGCAAGGAUGGACACGGACAGGGCGUUCUCGGUGAAGAUUUGUUUGCCCGAUACCAGGAACCGGUAGCGGACGCGUUACCGGCCCAGCCGAUCGCCGGAGUGGGCUACGCAUCGACACAGGGCACGAGUGGGAACCGCAAGAGCUAUGCCGCAGCGCACGAGAUGUACGAAUGGGCAUUGUGGGAACAAAAGGAAAAACGGUGGGACGAAAACGAAGACGUGGCGCGUCCGCCCAAAGAAGACGCGAUUUGGAUCCGCAAGGGGGACGAACAAAAGAAUGUGGCGUUCAAAGAUACGGUGGCAGCAGCCUACAGUGCAGCAAUUUGGAGGUGA